CGCAGUGGGCCUGGUGUCCACGGACGGCCCGCCCUCGCGGCGCGCAGGCGUACUAAGGCCGGGCGAGGGCUCUCGGAGCGGACAGCGCUAAGAUGGCGGCCUUCUCAGAAAUGGGUGUCAUGCCUGAGAUUGCUCAAGCUGUGGAGGAGAUGGAUUGGCUCCUCCCAACUGACAUCCAGGCAGAGUCCAUCCCGCUGAUCCUCGGAGGAGGCGACGUGCUUAUGGCCGCAGAGACAGGAAGUGGCAAGACUGGUGCUUUCAGUAUCCCGGUCAUCCAGAUAGUUUAUGAGACCCUGAAGGACCAGCAGGAGGGCAAGAAGGGCAAGACCACCAUGAAAACCGGGGCUGCAGUUCUCAACAAAUGGCAAAUGAACCCCUAUGACCGAGGAUCUGCUUUCGCAAUCGGGUCAGACGGUCUUUGUUGCCAGAGCCGAGAAGUGAAGGAAUGGCACGGCUGUCGGUCAACUAAAGGAGUGAUGAAAGGCAAAUACUACUACGAAGUCUCCUGUCACGACCAAGGCCUGUGCAGAGUUGGAUGGUCAGCUUCCCAGGCUUCCCUGGAUUUGGGUACCGACAAGUUUGGAUUUGGCUUCGGUGGGACUGGGAAAAAAUCUCAUAACAAGCAGUUUGACAAUUACGGAGAGGAAUUCACGAUGCACGAUACGAUUGGCUGUUACCUGGAUAUUGACAAAGGGCAGGUCAAGUUCUCUAAAAAUGGAAAAGAUCUGGGCCUGGCUUUCGAAAUACCGGCUCACCUGAAGAACCAAGCAUUCUUUGCUGCGUGUGUCUUAAAGAACGCUGAACUGAAAUUUAACUUUGGUGAAGAAGAAUUUAAAUUUCCUCCCAAAGACGGAUUUGUCGGGCUCUGCAAGGCUUCUGAUGGCCAUGUUGUGAAAUCUCAACACACAGGAAGUGCACAGGUAGUGCAGACAAAGUUUCUUCCCAAUGCCCCCAAAGCCCUCAUUGUGGAGCCGUCCCGGGAGUUGGCAGAACAGACUCUGAAUAACGUCAAGCAGUUUAAAAAAUACGUGGAUAACCCGAAGCUGAGGGAGCUUCUGAUCAUCGGUGGUGUGGCAGCCCGCGAUCAGCUCUCUGUCCUGGAGCAGGGGGUGGAUAUAGUGGUCGGCACUCCAGGAAGACUCGAUGACUUGGUGUCCACAGGGAAACUCAACUUGUCCCAGAUUAGGUUCUUGGUUCUGGAUGAAGCCGAUGGGCUCCUUUCCCAGGGCUAUUCUGAUUUCAUCAAUAGGAUGCACAGUCAGAUCCCUCAGAUUACUUCCGACGGAAAAAGGCUUCAGGUCAUCGUCUGCUCGGCCACCCUCCACUCUUUUGAUGUCAAGAAGCUUUCGGAAAAGAUCAUGCAUUUCCCUACCUGGGUUGAUUUGAAAGGAGAGGAUUCGGUGCCUGAAACCGUGCACCACGUGGUUGUUCCCGUGAAUCCCAAAACGGACAAGCUGUGGGAGAGGCUGGGAAAGAACCACAUCCGAACGGACGAAGUACAUGCGAAAGAUAACACCAGACCUGGCGCCAACAGCCCCGAGAUGUGGUCUGAAGCCAUCAAAAUUCUGAAGGGGGAAUACACUGUCCGGGCCAUCAAGGAGCACAAGAUGGAUCAAGCCAUUAUCUUCUGCAGGACAAAAAUAGACUGUGAUAACUUGGAGCAGUACUUUAUGCAGCAAGGAGGAGGGCCCGACAAGAAAGGGCACCAGUUCUCCUGUGUCUGUCUUCAUGGGGACAGAAAGCCUCAUGAGAGGAAGCAAAACCUGGAGAGAUUUAAGAAAGGAGAUGUCCGGUUUCUCAUUUGCACCGAUGUGGCUGCCCGAGGGAUCGACAUCCACGGGGUUCCUUAUGUCAUAAACGUCACCCUGCCCGAUGAGAAGCAGAACUAUGUCCACCGGAUUGGCCGAGUCGGCCGAGCAGAAAGAAUGGGGCUGGCUGUGUCUCUGGUGGCAACCGAGAAGGAGAAGGUCUGGUACCAUGUCUGUAGCAGCCGAGGGAAGGGAUGCUAUAACACAAGGCUGAAGGAAGAUGGCGGCUGCACCAUCUGGUACAACGAGAUGCAGCUGCUCUCUGAGAUCGAGGAGCAUCUGAACUGCACCAUCUCUCAAGUUGAGCCGGACAUCAAAGUCCCUGUGGAUGAGUUUGAUGGGAAGGUCACCUACGGGCAGAAGAGAGCAGCUGGAGGUGGGACCUACAAAGGGCACGUGGACAUUUUGGCGCCCACGGUCCAAGAGCUGGCCGCCCUGGAAAAGGAGGCUCAGACGUCGUUCCUGCACCUGGGCUACCUUCCCAACCAACUCUUCAGGACCUUCUGAGGGGACGACGCAGCUGUGGCUGCGGCCUUGGGGAUGCCAGGCCCGGGCUCCCAAGGCCCGGCCAGCCAGGCCGGUCUUCCAGUAGUGAGGCUAACUUCCCUGCAUGUCAGCAUGCUCCAUAGCGAUUGUCGGAAAUAAAGUUGGCCGGCCUGACUGUGUUCUGUGCUUGCCCCUUC